AUGCGUCAAGAAGAAACAUUUCGACGUGUUACGCGUGAAAAAUUGGUGGUACGCGGUAAUACCACAAUACGUACAUUGGAUUCGACCACUUCAUAUCUACCUGUUAUGCCUGGUACAUCAUCAGCGCCACCAACAGGUCUCUCACAUAUGGCUCGUAUGAUGGAUUCUCUGAUCUUGGAUCAAUAUCCACCAUUUGCCUUUACCAAAAUCACAACAACACACAGACCGACAAAAACGGGUAAAAAGACCGAAACUACAAGGACAACAUCGAUGAGUGGAUUGGUGCCAUCACAAUCCACCAGUAGUAUUGGAACUAUGCGUCUUAAAAGUCGUAUACCCACACAAGAAGUAUCACCACAACCGAGAACGAAUACAAAUUUACCACCCGCCAAUGCGGCUGGACCCAAUCCCAAUCCAUUGCAACAUGCUAAUUCCACCACGUUCAAUACACACAACGAUAAUCGAUGGAUUUCUUCAUUGCGGCGCCGUGAUCCCGAAUUACAACCAACUUUGCCAUCGAUAAAUCUCAGCCAUCAUGGUAGCUCUCACAAUGUGGCCACAGCUGGUCUAACAGAUCGUGCCGAGAAGCGAAAUUCACGUUCACUAAAAACUGCCACAAUGCCAAAUCGUAAAAGCCGAUCCGUGGAAAGGGUACGAGCGCGCAAACUAAUGGUCAAUUCUCAAAUUAAACCCAAAGAGAAAAUGAAAAAGAAUUCCAUUGAUGAGAAUUCAAAUUCCGAUGAUCAAGAAGCUACCUCAUUAGAAGAGAAUUCCACAUCACAGAGUACUCCCAAGAAUUCACCGAAAACUUCCACAAAGACAAAAACCUUUUCACCGGCUGGUUAUGAACCACAUUUGGUGGACACCCUGGAAAAGGAUAUUUUGCAAAAGAAUCCCGGGGUGAAGUGGACAGAUGUGGCCGGUUUAAAUGAGGCAAAAUCUAUAUUACAAGAAGCUGUGGUGCUACCCAUAAUAAUGCCGGAUUUCUUCAAAGGUAUACGUCGACCAUGGCGUGGUGUUUUAAUGGUUGGUCCACCGGGUACGGGUAAAACAAUGUUGGCAAAGGCUGUGGCCACUGAAUGUGGAACGACAUUCUUUAACGUGUCCUCCUCCACGUUGACUUCCAAAUAUCGGGGAGAAAGUGAGAAACUAGUGCGGCUGCUAUUUGAAAUGGCCAGGUUUUAUGCUCCCAGUACAAUAUUUAUUGAUGAAAUUGAUGCUCUGUGUUCGGCCAGACGUAGUGAUUCGGAACAUGAGGCCAGUCGGCGUUUCAAGGCCGAAUUGUUGAUACAAAUGGAUGGAUUAAAUGUCACCAUGCAAGAGGAUAAAAUUAUAAUGGUAUUGGCAGCCACAAAUCAUCCGUGGGAUAUUGAUGAGGCUUUCCGUAGACGUUUUGAAAAAAGGAUUUAUAUUUCAUUGCCAAAUGAGGAUACCCGUUCGGCAUUAUUAAAGUUAUGCCUAAAAGAUGUUAAUUUAAGUCCCUCGCUGGACACCAAUAUGAUUGCUGAUCAAAUGAAAGGUUAUUCGGGCUUUGAUAUUAGCAAUGUCUGUCGCGAUGCUGCCAUGAUGCCUAUGCGUCGCCAAAUCUUUGGUCGUACCCCCGAUGAAAUACGCCAGAUACGUCGUGAAGAUGUUGAUUUGCCCAUUACUCUGCAGGAUUUUCAAGAUGCCAUGCAGCGUACUAAGAAAACUGUAUCCAUAGAUGAUGUUAAUCGUUUUGAAAAGUGGAUGGAAGAAUAUGGUUCAUGUUAA